CCCCAACUCUCCACCCUCCCCCCUCUCGUCCCUUUCUGUUACACUCCACAAACAAAUCCAACCGCACAAAACCCAGCGAAAAAAAAUCAUUUUCAUCCCCAUCUCUUAAUCUCUUUUUUAUUCCCUAUUAUCCCGAAAAAAAUCCACCCACACACAACCACUUGCUUGAAACGCACUAUGUAAGUGACAACUCUCUCUCUAUCUAUCUCCAAAAUCAACAGACUGAGAGGCAUUGGAGUGGCCAGCUAUGGGAACUGGAAUGUCAAAGGACGCAGACGGGAGCUCCCACGGAAGCGAAGAAGGAGAAGAAAAUCUAGACCAUGCAGGAGGUCAACUGUAUGUUUCUCUUAAAAUGGAGAAUCUUAAACUUAAGGGCGAACUUAUCCCUCAUGUCUACGGUUCCGUGCCACUUGUUGGUUCUUGGGAUUCUUCUAAAGCUCUUUCCAUGGAACGUGAAUCGGCUUCAAUGUGGGAAUUAAGCUUUGUCGUUCCACCUAAUCACGAAACUUUGGAUUUCAAAUUCCUGUUGAAGCCAAAGCACAGUAAUGCCCCUUGUGUGGUCGAGGAGGGUCCAAACCGGCUGCUCACCGGGGGGACAUUGCAAGGGGAAUCGAGGCUGGCGGUAUUCAAGAAUGGUGAUGAGAUUCUGGAGUGUAGGGUGUUUAUUAAGGCUGACAGAGUUUCACCUUUUGAUCUUGCGGCAAGUUGGAGAGCUUAUCAGGAGAAUCUCCAGCCUUCAACUGUUCGUGGAAUUCCUGAUGUUAGCAUCAAUUCCACGCCAAUGGCAGGAGCUGAGAACGGCUCUUCGGCUAGCUUGGAGCUUGAUCUUGAACAUUAUGUUGUCCCAGCUCCAUCAAUUUCUGCAAACUCUGCUUUGGUGUAUGCAGCUAACAAUGCGGAGAAUCCAAGGUUUUCCAAUGUUGAUGGCCCAGGCAAUGCUUCAUUUUCCUACAAGGAUAGUGUUGUUUCUGCAGAUCGACCUGCAACUAUAAAGCAGAUGGAGGUUGUUAUCCCAGAUCCAUCCAAAAUUUAUUCUGGUUCUGGGAUGGUCGAAUCAAAAUCAGUGGGGACAUUUUCACCUCUGCAAAAGCAAGAUGGUCACAGGGGACUCUUUGUGGAUAGGGGUGUUGGAUCUCCUAGGCUAGUUAAAUCAUCAAGUUCUAGCGCAUUUUCUUCCGGUCUCAAACUGGACACCGAAACCAAGAACUCAAUGCCAGCAGCUGCUGGAGCUGUUACAGCUGCAGCAGUGGCCGAUCAGAUGCUUGGACCAAAGGAGGAUAGACAUUUGGCGAUCGUUCUGGUUGGUUUACCUGCUCGAGGCAAAACUUUUACUGCAGCUAAACUUACAAGAUAUCUUCGUUGGUUGGGUCAUGAUACCAAGCACUUUAAUGUUGGAAAGUAUCGGCGCCUUAAGCAUGGAUCUAAUCAGUCUGCUGACUUUUUCCGAGCCGACAACCCUGAAGGAAUGGAGGCACGAAAUGAGGUAGCAGCACUGGCAAUGGAUGAUAUGAUUUCCUGGAUGCAAGAAGGUGGCCAGGUAGGAAUAUUUGAUGCCACAAACAGUAACAGGAAAAGAAGGAAUAUGCUGAUGAAAAUGGCUGAAGGAAAGUGCAAGAUUAUUUUCUUGGAAACACUGUGCAAUGAUGAACGCAUAAUUGAAAGAAAUAUACGUCUCAAAAUUCAACAAAGCCCUGACUAUGCAGAACAGCCAGAUUUCGAAGCUGGAUUGCAAGACUUCAAAAGUCGGCUAGCCAAUUAUGAAAAGGUUUAUGAGCCAGUAGAAGAAGGGUCUUAUAUCAAAAUGAUUGAUAUGGCCAGUGGACAUGGUGGACAAAUACAAGUUAACAAUAUCAGUGGCUACCUGCCCGGGCGAAUUGUUUUUUUCUUGGUGAAUACACACCUUACACCACGCCCAAUAUUACUUACCAGGCAUGGAGAGAGUCGGGAUAAUGUUAGAGGUAGAAUUGGUGGUGAUACUGUAUUGAGUGAUGCUGGAGAAAUUUAUGCAAAGAAGCUCACUAACUUUGUCGAGAAACGACUGAAAUCUGAAAAGGCAGCAUCUAUUUGGACCAGCACACUUCAAAGAACAAUUAUAACAGCAAGUCCUAUCCCUGGAUUUCCCAAGAUCCAAUGGCGUGCCCUUGAUGAGAUAAAUGCUGGAGUAUGUGAUGGAAUGACAUACGAAGAGAUCAAGAAGAACAUGCCUGAGGAGUAUGGGGCACGCAAGAAGGACAAGCUGAGGUAUCGAUACCCUCGUGGAGAAUCUUAUCUUGAUGUCAUCCAAAGGCUAGAGCCUGUAAUUAUUGAACUGGAAAGACAACGGGCACCUGUUGUAGUCAUCUCUCACCAGGCUGUAUUGAGAGCAUUAUAUGCAUAUUUUGCUGAUAGGCCUCUAAAAGAAAUUCCACAUAUCGAGGUGCCGCUUCAUACAAUAAUAGAGAUACAAAUGGGAGUUACUGGAGUCCAGGAAAAAAGAUACAAACUCAUGGACUGAAAUGCUUGAAGAAAGUUUUUGGGACUCUUUACACUAACUUAAUGCAUUUUCACUUUCAAUUGCUCUCCAUUCAUUAACGAGACGCAUCAUAAGCAUAAACACAACAAGUGUAUCUAGAAUAAUCACCACUCGGAGGAUAAAAUUCUUAUUGCGUAAUCAACAAUGGCCUUCCUUUCAAA